AUGAAAUUGCUCCGAACACCAAUAACUAGUCGGAAUGAUGUGGGAUUUCUCACCACGUCAGAAUUAAGGGACGCAGAAGGUACGUUGGUUCGUUUGGUGCAGAAGGAAGUGUUCGCCGAGGAAUUGAAAGCAAUCUCAUCGGGAGGCAAGGUUCCAAAUAGGUCACAACUACGCUGGUUCAACCCAUUCCUUUCCAAGGACCAACUUCUUAAACUAGGAGGACGACUGAAGCACUCUUUAGAGUCAGACGAAGCAAAGCACCCAGUUGUUCUUCCAGCUCGGCAUCCGUUCACCCGACUGCUCCUUCAGCAUUAUCAUGAACACCUACUUCACGCGGGGCCGCAACUAAUGCUAAGUGUACUUAGACUCCGAUUCUGGCCGCUUGGAGGUAGAAGCGUGAUCAGAAACAUCGUACAUAGAUGCCAGAAAUGCUUUCGAUGUAAACCCACUUCAGUGCAACAAUUUAUGGGAGAUUUACCAGCAGCUAGGGUUACCGUAUCCCGCCCGUUUUCUGACGCAGGAGUCGACUACUUUGGCCCUGUUUAUUUACGCCCAAUCCCACGACGUGCUACAGUUAAGGCCUACGUAGCAGUUUUUGUUUGCCUUUGUACGAAGGCAGUUCAUCUGGAACUAGUGUCAGAUUUAUCCACUGACAGGUUCCUGCAGGCGCUUCGCAGAUUUGUGGCGAGGAGAGGACUGUGUACUAACAUUUACUCCGACAAUGGCACUAAUUUCGUCGGUGCACGCAACCAGUUGAAGGAUCUGCUGAAGCUGCUGAAGAGCAAUGAUCAUAACAGCGCCGUAUCCAAGGAGUGUGCCAAGGAUGGUAUUCAGUGGCAUUUCAUACCGCCGAGUGCCCCCCCACUUCGGAGGUUUAUGGGAAACGGCCGUCCGAUCAACCAAACACCAUUUGCUGCGAGUAAUAGGCGAUUCACCCGUGUCUCCAGUGGAUUUUACCACACUACUUACCCUGGUCGAAGCUUGCCUCAACUCUCGCCACCUCACGCCUCUCUUGGAUGA